AAUACAAGCACAAAGUAUAGAGUUACUAAUUAUAAUCUCUUUCUUUGAAAUGAUAAUUUCAAAGUUAUGCCUUCUAGAUGCUAAAAAGAUCUUUCUUCUCUCCAAGUACAAAUAAAGAAAUAGUACUUAAAAUUAAUGAUUAAAAUUGGUUUAAUUUGGAGUGAAGUAAGAAAUUAAUUAAGCUUAUAAAGAAACAAUCCUUUUUGAAUGAGUCAUAUAAUUCACUUGGUUUGAACUUAAUUUGCACUUUGGAUUCCACUGCCAUGUGGCUUUUCAAGAUGAAGCCAAUUUUAAAAACAACAAAAAUGUAAGACCAAAAGUUAAUGUAAGACCAUUUCAAUUCCCUACUCACACCAUAAUACUUCUCUUCUUUCCCUUCCCUUAUAAAUAUGCACUUAAACCAACUCAAGCUGAAGUCAAGCAAUCCAAACUUUUUGAAGUGAAGGACAAUUAACCAACACAAAAAUCAAACCAAAUGGCAAGAAAGAGAAAGGUUGUUGAAGUAGUGGAAGACAAGAGCUCAAGUGAAGGAGGAGCUAUGGCUUGGGAUGAGAUGGUGAAGGAAGCGGCAGCAACAGCAGCAGCACUAGGCGGAGGUGCUCGGAGGGCCCGAAAGCGAUUUGUUGGCGUUCGUCAACGACCAUCGGGCCGAUGGGUGGCGGAGAUCAAGGACACUAUACAAAAGAUUAGAGUCUGGUUAGGGACAUUUGACACAGCAGAGGAAGCAGCUAGAGCUUACGAUGAGGCAGCUUGUUUACUCCGUGGUUCGAACACGAGAACAAACUUCUGGCCUUGCUCCCCUUUAUCAUCUUCAUCACCUGCCCUUCCUUCAAAGAUAACCAAUUUGCUUAUCCAAAGGCUUAAUGCAAGAAACAACUCCUCCAUCAAUAAUCUUCCAAACAAUCAGCAAGAACAAAAACAUCAGCCAAUUCAAGAGAGGAUGCUACACUCAAAUGAACAUCAAAACAGAGAAGAGUUAGCAACAAUAACACCAACAACAACAACAUGUUUCACAGACAGAGUUCUAAGUGAUUUGCUCAAUGACCAAGAAGUUUUCACCACUAAUCCCAAUAUUGAAGAAAUCAGUAGAAGUUUUGAGUCAUGUUUGACAGAGAAAGAUGAAUCUGAUAGUGGGGAAAUGGAGAGCAGCAAGUGGAUGGGAAUGACUCAGAUGAAAUACUCAAAUGGGGGAGAUGAAAUAAAUGAAAUAGUCCAAGAAGACGAAGAAGAAUCAAAUGUUUUGGAUUUUCAUUUCCUGGAUGACAUUGGGCCACCAUGUUACUACUCUCCAUUUGAGAUAGCAGAGGAGAUUGGUGAGGCAAUGGAAGGAGGAGAAGGGAGUGAAGAUGAGCAAUCCUCAAUGCUAAGAGAAGCUAUGAAAAGGAUGAAAUAUGAGAGGAAGAUUUCAGCUUCUCUGUAUGCAUUUAAUGGGAUACCAGAGUGCUUAAAAUUGAAGCUUGGGAAAGGAAGUGAAAAUGGGAGAGGAAGAACAAACUCUGAGCUGAUAACAAGCUUGAGAAAAGCAUGUGACAGAAGAAGAUCAGAUGAGGAGAAGGUUGAAGAAGAAGAAGAAGAAGAAGAAGACGAAGAAGAAGAAUUAGAAGAAGAGUAUGUGAAGACGAUGGAUGAAGAUAAAGAAGAAAGUUGUUCACCAGAAAUUGAGUCUUUUUCAAGCAGUGAAGUUGACUUGUCCAUUUGGAGUUCAUUAGAUCUUCCACCCAUUUGCUUUGUUAACUGAGUUCUUUGCCUUCACCAUCAUCAACAAGAAACCCUGAAAGAAAAAUUGGGUUUUGGGACCAUUUCUUUCCCCCUUUUUCUUUUUGUCCAGAUAAAAAGCUGAGGUCUAAAAUAUAUAUACUCAUAAUUUGACAAUUAACCAUAUAGAUCUAUCUACAGAUUGAUGGAGAAGAACAAUUGGGAUGUAUUGUUAAAUUCAUAUUUUAUCCACCAGAAAGUUAUUUUCAUCUUAAUUUUCAGUCUUUUUCUGUGUUACAUUGAUAAUAAGCAUCAUCUCAAAACAUUGAAUAAACAAAACUUGAAAAACAUAUAAAGGGGGGAUCUUUGUUCUGAGUUUUUUUUUUUUUUCCAAUAUGUAAUUUAUUUUCCCUACUUAAAAACCUUUGAUAAAAUAAAAGCAAGGAAUUGACUUAAUAAGACACAAGAAAGCAACUCGAAGCCUAUGUUCACACACUUACAUUGAAAUAUUAAAUUAACAUCCCCUUCUUCUGUAAGCAAAGAAUGUUCACAUACCAAAGAUAGACUAUACUAUCUUCUAACAUAAUUGAAUCAAAUUGGUGCAAAAAGAUGUUAAUACGCAGAUAAGGAUUCUAAAAUGAAAUAAAAUAAAUCCUUGGUUUGGCUCCUUGUGUAAUCAAAGAAUUAUUGUUCUUUGCUUUGGCCUUCCCAUCAGCGUUAAUACAAGUAUGAGAGAUUAUAGGGAUAUCCCCCUUCAAGCCAUUUGAAGACAAGGUGAACAAAACUUUUAAUUUGUCCAUUGCUAAAACAAGAAUAUGCUAUAGAACAAUACAAUUCUUCAAUCCACAACUGGCUUUUUUGCUUGUGCUCAAAUAGGAACACAAUAAUAUGACCAAUAGCCAAUGUUCUUUAAAGCUAAAGGCACGGAAAAGCACAAGUCUUCUAGGACUUAAGCGCAAGGCGCAAUGUGGGGCACACUAUAUAUAUAUAAGUACUACAUUAAGAAGAGAAAGUAUAGUUGAAGUAGAAAAAUGGAGGGGGAGGGGGGAAUUGCAUUUAAACUUAGUAAAUUUUAUUUUUUUAGUUAAUAAAGAGGGAAAGCCCUUAAUUAUUACUAUUUUUUAAAAGUAAUAAAAAGCCCCAAGGCCCAACGCUUCGACCCUUGGGGCUUCACAAAAAGCAUGUGCUUGAAGGACAGCAUUAUUUUGUGAGUCUCACAUUUUCAAGGCGAGACGCCAAACCUACACCUGAGGGCUUUUUAAAACCUUAAUAGAAUAACUAGAAAAUUGACGGUACAGACUAAAAUGCUACUAAACUCAAACUUCAGGAGUUAAUAUCGAGUUUGAAAAGUCAAGGACUGAGAUGCAACCAAAUUCAAAUUUCAUGAAUCAAAAAUUUAAAUCUGUCC